UCUCCUUAAUGAAAACAGUAACAAAGCACUUGAACCUUCAGAUUAAUACAUUUAAACUGAUCAUUUGACGGUCCGGACCUAAUCAAUGUGUGCUAUAGUACACAUGUACAAAAACGUCACUUUCCUGUGAUGUGGCACGUUAACCACAAUUGUUGCCAUGGAUGCAGAAGCAUCCUCUUAUGCAGGAAAUGUUGUGUAAUGUGUUACGCUUGGGAAACAGCGAGUCUCACGCUUCAUAACGCAACAUAUCCUGCAUGGUGUAUCCUGCUGCGCGCAUCGGAUUCUCUCCAGUUGAAACCAAACUCUCGCUCCGUCAGGUUUUUUUUCGUAAUGGCAUCCAUCAACACCUCCACCGCGGUCGCCUCGCCUCAGCCUCCCAGCAUGCCCGUGUCUGCCCAGGUUGGAAUCGCCAUCCUGACUCUGGCCUUCGUGCUGGGCUUCCCCGGGAACCUGUUUGUGGUUUGGUCGGUCCUGUGCCAGGUCAAGAAGCGCUCGGUGACCUGCUUGCUGGUGCUCAACCUGGCUCUGGCGGACGCCUUCGUGCUGCUCAGCGCACCCUUUUUCCUGCGGUACCUGGCCGGAGGUCGCGGCUGGGAGUUCGGCUCGGCGGCGUGCAAGCUGGUGCAUUACAUAUCUAGUGUGAACAUGUACGUGUCCAUCUACCUCAUAUGCCUGAUGAGCGUGGACCGCUGGCUGGCCGUCACUAGGCCCUUUUUGUCCCAGAGAAUGAGGAACAAGCGCUCCCUGCUGGUUCUUCUACUGGGAGUCUGGGUGAUGGCGUUCCUCCUGUCGCUACCAAUGCCGUUCUACCGCAGUAACUUGCAGAGGACCCUGCCAAACAACAUCACUCUUAGGUUAUGCUCGGCCUACCACUGGGGCAGUGUUGGCCACAGAGUCUUCCAGUACCUGUUUGAGACCAUCAUGGGCUGCCUGAUUCCUUUCAGCCUCGUCAGCAUUUGUUACUCCCUCGUCAUCUUUCGCCUGCACAAUGCACAGUUUCAGCGCAGAGAACAAGGCACGCGACUCAUCCUGAUGAUUAUCUUUGCCUUUGUGGUCUUCUGGCUGCCCUAUCACAUCGUCAACAUCAUUGAGGUGGCCGCUCUGGUGCAGAACAGUGAUUCACUGAAGAACGCGGCUGUCGUAGCCCGGCCAAACGUCACAGCCUUUGCCUACUUCAGCAGCGCCGUCAAUCCCAUCCUCUACGUGUUUGCCGGCAGCUCCCACAUUCGUCAGGCCGGCCUCAGCUUCAUGGGAAAACUGUUCGAGGCCACCAACUCGGAGAGCACCCGCAGCAGCCGCGCUGGCUCCUCCCCGGAUGAGAGCUCCGCACUGCAGAUGCUGUCAGCCAAACUGGGAAAGUCGUUUAAAAGCAGGGACGUGGAGAAGACCAUCAAUGAGGCUCUGGGCGACAGCAAACAGUUUGAGUAGUAGCCAUUUUCUCUUCCUUUCGUCUAAAGAACUAUUAUAUAUGUUACUGGUAAUGUAUAAGGAGGAGGUAUUCUAUACAACACCUGCUUUCUAUAGAAUCCAUGCCUUUCUGACUGAAAAACAAAUCUUAAAGAUACCUCAAAAUCACUGAGCCAAAUGAAGCACCACCAUGUAUGAAAUAUCAGCGUUGUUACAUUCUUUGCCUAGGCAUUAAAUGCAGCUUCUAGCUUCCGUUAGAAAAACACAAUUAUUCAUUUUCCCAGUGGGCAUUUUAUAAAAUGCCUAUGCAAUUCUGCAGAAUGAUAGAUUUCACACAUUGCCGGUAACAUUGAUAUGAUCUUAUUAUAUAUUUUAUAUUUUUAUAGCACUUCAUUUAUCAUUUUUCAUACAUAUAUUAUCACAUAUUUUGGGUACUUUGGUUUCAACAUCUUGUCUUAUUCAAAUAUUCUAAUAAUGUGUAGCUAGCUCGAACCCACAAUCAAAAAAGUAAAGGUGAUUGCUUCAUUUACUAAUGUGUUUCUUCAGUUCUGUAUUUGUUGUACAGCUCCAGAGAAGAACGUAGGGUGCUUCUCACAGCAGAGUUGAGCCUAGCACGAACAGGACAUUGCACAAAAAAUCAGUUUGCCUCUUUUGUUCAAUAUUUCAACAUUUCGUGCGGUUAAACUGUUCAAGUUCAAAGCAGGUUACAAAGUUCCUGUGCAAAUCCCUGUACAUAUGAGAAAUGGUACAAUUCCACAGGAAGCAUGAAUCAGUUUUAUAGUGAAAUCACAUCUACUACUGUAUUGCAGUGUUGGCAGAGAGGUGGUACAAGAUAGUGAUCUGAUGCCUUUAUUACGUCUGAACAGUCAUAUCUCUAUCCUCCUACACUGUAGCUGCUAUGAAGGCUAAGUAUGUUAACAGGGACUCUGGCCUACACCACUGGUUAUUAUUUUCUGUUUACAUUAUUUUUUCAUUUCAAUGAUUUGUUUUUUACUGGAUUAUUACAACAAGUGUACAAGCUUAUGACCUGUUCAUAAAAAAAUAAAAUGCUGUCUAAUUUCA